AUGUCGUCUAUGACAUUUGGCCAAAAAUCCUUUCAACCUACACCCCCAGAAAAAGGAAGUUUCCCUCUAGAUCAUGAAGGGUUGUGUAAAAAUCUAAUGGUUGCGUAUAUGAAGUGUUUAUAUACCAAUAAAAACGAUAAUUCCGCCUGUCGAAAGGAAGCUAAAGAAUAUUUGGGCUGUCGUAUGGAUAACAAUCUUAUGACCAGAGAAGAUUGGACAAAAUUAGGUUUCUCCAGUGAAGAACACAACGAAGAACAUUAAAUAAGUAUGGUUAAGAUACUGGUUUGUUGUACAGGAAGUGUCGCUGCAAUUAAAUUACCCCAGUUAUUGCGUCAAUUAAAAACUGACAUUGUGGGAACGGAUUCAGUG